CUCUCUGACUCUUCCCUCCAAUCUAUCCUCUUUUUUUUCUUUAAAAAAAAUAAAAAUUAAUUAAUUAGUCUGUAAAUAAAUAGGCAUGCGUGUGUCAUUGCUUAUCCUUCUCUCUUUCUCUAAGAGACCCCACUGCAGUGCAGCAGAGAGAGAAGUGGAUAUAGAGAUGAUGAGUAGCAAUAGCAAUAAUGGAGGUGGGCCUUGUGGAGCGUGCAAGUUUUUGAGGAGGAAGUGUGUGAAGGGGUGCAUAUUUGCACCUUAUUUUGACGCGGAGCAAGGCACGGCACACUUCGCUGCGGUCCACAAAGUGUUCGGUGCAAGCAAUGCUUCUAAGCUUCUGAUGCGCAUACCGGCUCACAAGAGGCUCGAUGCGGUUGUCACGCUUUGUUAUGAGGCUUUGGCUAGGGUUCGCGAGCCUGUUUAUGGUUGUGUCGGUCACAUCUUCACCCUCCAACAACAGUUGGUGAGUUUGCAGGCAGAGUUAGCCUACAUUCAGGCACGGCUCUCAACAUUCCAACGCCUCCCUCCGCCACCACCACCACCACAACCUCAUCCAAGUUCAUCACAUACAAGUCUGUCUUCAGAGAUAGCAGCAGCUUCUUCAUCAGACUUGACUUCAAACAUAGCUAUUAUGCAUUUUGAUCCUUCACUAUUACUACACCACCAACUGCCAUCCACAGAACUGACUGCACCCGGCGUUUGUAGUACACCAUUAACGGAUCAUCAAGACCUGGAGGAUGGAGAUCUCCAAGCAUUGGCUCAUCAAUUCGUCUCUAGGUACUUGCCAGGAGUAAGGUUCAAGCCUUCCACUUCAGAUUAAUUAGUUAGUUAGAUUGACGUCUAACUCAACUGUUAAUUGUUGAUUUCCAUGCUCCCUUAAGAGUUAGUUAAUUUUGUACUGCUCCUCUCAAGUCUAAUGGAACUCCUUUUUUCCACAUUUUAGUUCUAACCCAAACCACUAUCAAUGGCAAGGCAUUUG